GUUGAAGACAGGGGAUCCGUAUCGAUCAUGUGGUUAAGCCAUGGUUUUCUCGCCCUAGCUUCCGGUAACAGUGCCCUUCUCUCGAGGCGCGGCUCAGCGGGUAGCCGGUCGGAAGCCACUUCUGCACUCAACGUUUAAAGGUGGGUCUGCAAAUCGCGCGCUGAUGGCGGCUCCGAGGAAUCUGACGCCGAAAGACGAAGAGAAGGCGGAGAUGGACAGUCCGGCGGCGAAGAAGCUGAAAUCUGAGAGAUAUCCUCUCUCGCGGAGGAGACUGGCGGUGGCUCUAGGCAGUUUUUUGGUUUUCUCCGCUGCGCUCUACUGCAUUUACAGUAAAAUGCUGGCCUCCCACUUCAAGAACAUCAAGCUGCCACGUUCCCUCACCGAUCUUCGAAUGCUCAAAAAUCAUCUUGGAAGCUACGCCAAGGGUCAUCCUGCACAGUUCAUCCUGGGUUAUUGUUCCACCUACAUAUUUAUGCAAACUUUUAUGAUCCCUGGAACAGUUUUCUUGUCAUUGUUGGCCGGAGCUCUUUUUGGAGUUGUUAAAGGCCUUGUACUAGUCGUUUUCAAUGCUACGGCUGGAGCUACUACUUGCUUUUUUCUUUCCAAGUUAAUUGGUAGACCUUUAGUUUGUUGGAUGUGGCCUGAAAAAUUGAAACUUUUCCAGUCUCAGGUAGCAAAGCAAAGAGAGAAGCUGCUUAAUUACAUGAUUUUUCUAAGGAUAACACCAACGCUACCUAACAUUUUCAUAAACCUGGCAUCGCCCAUUGUCGAUGUACCAUUUCAUGUUUUCCUUUCAGCUACGCUCAUCGGUCUUGUUCCAUCGUCAUAUAUAAUGGUUAGGGCCGGUCUUGCUCUAGGGGAUCUCAAAUCCGUCAAGGAUUUAUAUGAUUUUAAAACCUUGACUGUACUUUUCUUCAUCGGUUCUUUGUCCGUACUUCCCAUUCUUCUAAAGAGAAAGCGAACCUAUGAAUGAAAAUUCUGCAUACAGAAUUUUGUACUAAUACUAGUUCUUUAAACUUAAGUUAUCAGAGGAUCUACCGUCUCCUGGGAUGAAAGAGAGGAAAUUCUAAGUCAAACUAUGGCAGUGAUGUGAGCUUCACAAGUUCCAAGUAUCAAGGAUUUCCCUCUACUCACAAGAACCCCCUAAUGGGUGUUCGGUGUUUAUUUACAGAAUCGUCUAUGGAGCUUAUUCUUUUGCACUCUGAUUUCUUCUAGAGCACAGUAUUAAUUUUUCAUUAUUUUUACCCAGAAGUAUUAGGAAAAGACUUGGACCAGUGGCACAUCUUGUGACGCGGCAUUAACAUGUAAAUAUAGAAACUUGCAUCUUGAA